AUGUUUCAACUUAUCAUAAUCAAGAAGAGUGAGAUUGCGGAUAUUGGUCCCCGAGCUAUAGGCUGGCAUCUCGCCCUUGAUGGGCUGGCCAUCAAGAUGUGCUCUGAAAUAUCUUUAGAGCUGGCCGAUGAUGAGAUAUGUAUGCUGCUCCCGCUCUCUCUCGAUGGUGGUUCAGUGACGGACGAGGAUAUGCUUCGCUCUUCAACUUUUCGUGAACGUAAAGCACAGUUGUUAGCUCUGCAUAGGUUCCUCCCUCUAUGCACCUCUCCUGUGGUGAUGAUUGGUGAUAAUGCUAACUCUGUUGGUGGUCGGUAUUGGCAUACUCUUGAAGCUGAUCAUGCGGCUACCGAGCUGGAUCUUAGGAUGGUAACUGAAUACCAUCGGACAGUUGAUGCUACAUUGUGGGUGCCUCGUCUUUCAGUGGUUAAGCUUGUGGAUUCCAUGGCAAGGGUCCUACCACAGGAUCUUGCCUCUGGUGAUGUCACUGAGGUUGAUCCUCUGCAUAUCUCAAGUAGUCUUCUACAAGAAGACGCUAUUGGUGAGUUUUAUUCUGAGACGUUGGAUGUGCUUGGUGAUGAUGAUGAUGAUGAUGACGAUAUAGCAAUUGAACCAUUUCAGUGUCCCCGUUACUGUGACCUAGAUGCAGUCAGGGAAGCCCUGCAGACAUGUGCUGAGGUUCAAGCUCUUGCUAAAGGUAACGGCUUCAUCAAAGAUGAUGAUGGAGUUGUUUUCCGGGUCCAAAGGUUCAAUGCUUUGGGUAGUAUUGUUAAGCAACUUGUACUGCCUGUCGACGUCAGGAAGGAAUUGGUGAUGCACGCGCAUGCAGACUGUCAUGCUAACUCGAGACAGCUGAAGUUGCUGCUCUCGGACUGGUGUUGGUUUCCGAAGAUGGGGAACCUCUGUCGUCUGUCCACACUCUGA